CGCAACCCCCUCCCUCACCCAUCGUUCUCAGACCGUAAGGAGCACAUUGGCACGUUCGAGUGGCAAAAUACAGUGUCUAAUAAGUGAUUGAUUAAUUCAUUGAGUGGAAAAUUGAGGAGAAAAUGAAUACAAAUGCAGAAAACACCUCGGCAACAGGGAGUGAAGAAAAAUUAAACCCGAAAUCUUCCAAACGACGACACAUUAGUGAAAGUCAUAUGGAGGUAGACGCUGUAAAUGGAAUUGAGGGUAAAGUGAAGAGAAAACAUGCUUUUAAACGUUCGAAGAACGUUGAAGGAGGAGAGCACAGAAAGAUAGCCGUUCCAGCUCACCGAUAUACUCCUCUAAAAGAAAACUGGACCAAAAUCUUCACACCGGUCGUUGAACAUCUCCAGUUGCAGAUACGUUUCAAUCUGAAAACUAGAAACGUAGAGCUUCGCACAGCCCCGGAGACCCCAGACAUAUCAAAUUUACAGAAAGGAGCUGAUUUCGUCAAAGCUUUUGUCAUAGGCUUCGAAGUCGAGGAUGCAAUGGCCCUUCUACGUUUGGACGAUUUAUUUGUAGAAACGUUCCAAGUGCAGGACGUAAAACCAUUGAAGGGAGAUCACUUGUCAAGAGCAAUAGGACGAUUAGCUGGUAAAGGGGGAAGGACAAAAUUUACAAUUGAAAAUGUCACGAAAACACGUAUUGUAUUGGCAGACACGAAAAUUCAUAUACUAGGAUCAUUUCAGAAUAUUCAAUUGGCAAGAAGAGCCAUUUGUAAUUUGAUUCUAGGAAGCCCUCCCUCAAAAGUCUAUGGACAACUGAGAAAUGUGGCCUCACGUGUUACGGAAAAAUUCUAAUGUACGUUCUUGUUAAGAUUAAAAUUAGUAAUAAUAAACAUAAGCAAAAAAAUUGCCUGAAAGAUUGUUUUUCAUGUAAUUAUCUCUAUUACGUGUCAUUCAUUACUUAUUUCAAUUUAAUAAGUCGUUAAUAAAUCGUUUAAACAAA